AUGAUCCGGCAGAUGCGGGGGGUCCCGGGGGUCACCCCGGAGCGCCUCGCGGCCGCCGCCAAGGUCCGACACUGCGCGCUCUCCCUCGUCGGGGAGCCGAUUAUGUAUCCGCAAAUUAAUAAAUUUUGCGAGCUCCUGCACGAGGAGGGGAUUUCGUCCUUUAUGGUCACCAACGCCCAGUUCCCGGAGCAGCUGCGCGCGCUGGUGCCGGUCACGCAGCUCUACCUCUCCGUCGACGCCGCCACCCCGGAGGAGCUCAAGCGCAUCGACCGCCCGCUCUUCGAGGACUACUGGGAGCGAUGCCUCGCCUGCGUGCGGGAGCUGCGGAAAAAACGACAGCGAACGGUCUUUCGCCUGACUAUGGUGAACGCGUACAACAACGAGAACCACGGGGCAUACGCGGACCUGGUGGAGAUGGCGUGGCCGGACUUUGUCGAGGUGAAGGGGGUGACCUACUGCGGCACAAGCGCGACGAGCACGCUGACGAUGAAGGAUAAUGUCCCACGACACGACGAGGUCAUUACGUUUUGUGAACGGCUCUGUGAUGAGCUCGCGCGGCGGCGGCCUGGGUAUCACUCGCCUUCCAUGACGGCGGAGGCCUGCCCAUUGACGCCGAAUGAUGAUCCGGAGGUGGUGGUGCUCCCUGCGGGGGCAGAAAAUCGACCUUAUCAUAUCGCCUGCGAGCAUGAACACAGCUGCUGCGUGCUGAUCGCGCUCGAUAAGUUUUAUUUCAACCAGCGCUGGCAUACCUGGAUUGACUACGAUAAAUUUAAUAAGCUGGUGAAGGCUUUCGAGGAACGACGAAAGGAACUCGAAGAAAAUGGAGAGGGGGAAAAUGAUAUGGACGAGUUCACUUCACUCGAUUACGUCGAACCGACGCCGUUGUGGGCAACUUAUCAGUCAAAAGAAAGAGGGUUUGAUCCAAAUCAAACGCGUGUUUUGCGGAAGAAUGGAAGGCCUACGAUGAUUACCUCUGGAUGUUGA